CACCAUGUUUCUGCAUCCCACCCUUAUCUCUCUGCCUUCCCUCUUUGUUGGCGCCGUUGCAACUCUGUGGCGUGCGUGUGGUGUCGGAUGUGAGCAGUUAUGUCUCAGAGAGACUGACAAGGAGGGACCUAGGUAUGUACGACACAAAACUCGUGGGGAACCGGUAGGUACUCUCUCGGUUUGGGCCUGCUGUUGGCUACGCGGAUGGGGGUCCGGUUGAGACAAGCAAUGCAUUUUGGGGCUACAGCGGAUCAGAUACGGGGGAAAAUGGAACCGCAAUAUGACGUUCCGUGGUGCGGCUUUUUUGCUGUUUGGAAUGCCGGCAGCGAUUCUCAUAAAACAUCAUAUGAUAUGGUCGAGUGGGCUCUAGUGUCUCUGUAGGAGGUCUCCAAGGUCCGUCGGGUGACUGCGGUUUGGGAAGAAUAAGAAGAACGAUAGUUAAUGAGCCAAAAACCUCUUCAUGUACGCCUCAGCCUGUUCAUGGCGGAUAAUCAAGGUGAUAACCAUCGAGUAGAGUUGGAAGAAGAGUUCAUUGCUCUCGCACUCCGUACACAGUACGCCAUGCGCCUGUACCUAGGAAUCUAGACGACCGGGAACAUCCGUGUCCGUUUCAGCGAUCCGGUGAGUUGGUUGCCCCAGAAAUACGUAGCCUCAUCUUCAAGUUCGGCUCCGCUGUCAUGGGUCCUGGGCAGACCGGCGACAGAGCGGGACUGCGGAAUUUGAGGUCGAACAGGCGUUCAACGUUCGCUGUCGGAGCUCGGCGAGAUGCGCAUGCGUUCGUGUUGUAUGUAGUACCAGUACAGUAAGCAGCUAAGGAAUAAGAGAUACAGUAAGCAUCUAAGGAAAAAAAAAAUCAAGUGACGGGACUCCGGGAUAUUUCAGCUCAGGGCAACAUGGGGGCUAAAGAAAGAACACUGGAUAGACAUGUGUAAGAUUAUGCACUGCAAAGCAUCUCGG